ACACGGAGAGGAAUUCCCUCGCACAAACAAAAGCGGCUGUCAGGGCGUAUCGGUUCCAACGGCGCUCCAAAUUUACUGAAAUAAAAACGGACGAUUUCUGAAGCUGAGGAUGUUGUAAAACCCGCUGAAUUUUGGAUCCAAGCCCGAGGCUACAAAACUCCAUCGGAUGUUUGUUUUUUUUAAAUUUAUGAACACAUUCAAAUUCACUGCCUGGAUGGAUACUGAGAUUUUUUUUUUUUUAACAUCUUGCCGACCUCUUGCUGAAUAAGUCAUAUUUUUCUUUCCGCUCCAAACAGUCUGGCCCGUCAGAACCGUGUCAGCCUGGAGACCAGAGGACAAAGGUCUUGUCGUCUAUUACAGGACUAGAGGUUCCCCACAAACUGCAGCGACGCAAAAAUAAAAAUGUAGAAUUUUCUCGAGCGAGUAUUCUGUCACCUGUACGAGCCUUAAGAUGACAGGUCAGGUCCCCGGGGAAGCGGGCGGCGGGGCUCACAUGAAUGGCAAUGCGGCCAUCCGCAUCAACGUGGGCGGCUUCAAGAAGCGCCUCCUGUCAGACACUCUCUCCCGUUUCCCCGAGACCAGGCUCGCGCGUCUCCUCCAGUGCCAGUCCAAAGAGUCCAUUCUGGAGCUGUGCGACGACUACGACGACACGGAGAAAGAGUUUUACUUCGACAGGAACCCGGCCCUCUUCCCCUACGUGUUGAAUUUCUACAACACGGGGCGACUGCACGUCAUGGCCGAGCUCUGCAUCUUCUCUUUCAGUCAGGAGAUCGAAUACUGGGGCAUCAACGAGUUCUUCAUCGACUCCUGUUGCAGCAGCGCCUACCAUUGUAGAAAAAUGGACCAGGACCGAGACGACUGGGAUGACCGGAGCGACGAGGGAAGCACCACUUCCUCGUUCGACGAGCUUUUGGAGUUCUACAACGACGCCUCCAAGUUUGACAAGCAGCCGCUGGGGAGCGCGCGAAGGCGCGUGUGGUUGAUGCUGGACAACCCCGGGUACUCGGUGGCCAGCCGCAUCAUCAGCAUCCUCUCGAUUCUCGUGGUGCUGGGCUCCAUUGCGACCAUGUGUAUGAACAGCAUGUGCGAGUUCAGCCAGUUGGACGGUGAGGGUCAACCCACAGAGGACCCGCGUUUCGAGAUCGUAGAGCACUUUGGGAUCGGUUGGUUCACUCUGGAGCUAGUGGCCAGGUUCAUGGUGGCGCCAGACCUAAUGCAUUUCUUCUAUCACCCCUUAAACCUGAUAGACCUAGUGUCCGUUCUCCCUUUUUACCUAACGCUCCUCAUAAACCUGGUAGUGGACAGCAGUCCGGCGCUCGCCAACCUGGGAAGAGUUGCGCAAGUUUUGCGGUUGAUGAGGAUUUUUCGUAUCCUGAAACUGGCCCGACACUCCACGGGGCUGCGCUCGUUGGGGGCCACCCUCAGAAACAGCUACAAGGAAGUGGGACUGCUGCUUCUCUACUUGACUGUCGGCGUGUCCUUUUUCUCCGUCAUGGCCUACACGGUGGAAAAAGAAGACAGCGAGGAUCUCUCGACGAUACCUGCGUGUUGGUGGUGGGCCACCGUCAGCAUGACCACGGUCGGGUAUGGAGACGUGGUGCCGGUGUCCAUAGCGGGCAAGCUUACGGCCUCAGCAUGCAUCCUGGCCGGAAUCUUAGUAGUUGUGCUUCCGAUCACUCUAAUCUUCAACAAGUUUUCUCUCUUCUAUAAAAGACAAAAGCAGCUCGAGAUUGCGAUGAGAAGCUGUGACUUCGACGAGGGAAUAAAAGAGGUUCCUUCUGUUAAUCUAAGGAACUAUUACGCUCACAAAGUGAAAUCUCUCAUGGCCAGCUUGUCAAACAUGAGUCGGAGUUCACCCAGUGAACAGAGUCUGAAUGAAUCAUUACACUAAAACAGUCUGGUUUCCCAUACUUAGCCUUGGUGAAUGACGCUGUUCAUUCAUUUUGGCUGCAAGAGGAGCUGUUCGUGGUGCUGACACCACUAGUCCAACAAACAGCUUCCUUCCACUGACCCGUUUGCCUCCCUGUAGCUCAGUGCAAUAAAGUGUUGAUUUCUUUGUCUUUCACAGUGAGGCAAUAUGGAAUUGUACAUGACACCCUGAGUAUGACGUUUCACUGCACACUCAUCUGGUAUCUCACCAAACAUGCCGAAAUGUGACCACAACACAUAAAAAAGGUGAACGAAGCUGUUGUUGUUUACAGUCUUAGACAGUGUAACUAAUGUCCACCUUAAAGCUAUAUUGUCGUGAACAGAUAUGCCUCAAGUAGCUCCAGUUGUAUCUGUUAAAAAGGACUUGGUGUGUAAAUGUGGUGUUGCAACAAUACUUCAGAUGUGUG